AUGACGAAUCAAAACACCGCCGAAUAUUUGGAGAAAAUUAAGACCCGGUUGUUUGAAAACCUACGAAUGCUUCCGCACGCGCCGGGCGUUCAGAUGCAACCCAUUCCUGAAGACGCUAUCGAUCAGGAGAGCGAAGACGAGGACAAACAGGACGGCGACGAACGCAUAAGUAUCAGAGCGUCGGAGAAGCGAAUCGCGAGAGACGACGAGUUCUCCGACAGUGAGGACGAGGGCGACGGCCGGCGCGACAAUCGAUCUCAUAAACCAAAAGCUAAGAAGUCUAAAGUGGAAGCGAACAGCACUUCCGCUUCAAAUGCCAACAAUAAUGAGACAAAAGACAAGAAUAACGACGAGUCGAAGAAAAAAGACGAACCAAUCGCCGACUCGACUGAUAAGAAGCCGACCACUGCUGACACUCCGGCCGAAGUGGCGGAACCCGAACCACCGAAAGCAGGCGAUGAAAAGUCCGAAUCGACUAAAAUUGAGUCUUCAUCACCGAACUCGCAAACCGUUGGCCCAACGCCUGGACCUAAAGGUGAUGUCGUAGAGAAAGAGAAGAAGACUUCGUCGUGAUCUUAAUGUUUGGUUAUAUUAAUACAAUUGACAUACUUUUGAAUCAUUAAUUAAAAGUUAGAUUUAAUUUUCAUUAUUUAUUGCUUCAAUACAUUUGAAGCGAUUUUUUUCUAUACUAUCAUUCAUUCAAAUCAUUUUCUAAC